GCCGCGCCGGGCUGGCAAUUCGACACCGUAAAACUUCACAGCUAAUGGUGAGCGGACAAGGAGAUCCGCUGUGGCGAUUCCCUGACCUGGAAAAGCCGAAAGAAGAUUAUUUUGGAAUUAAUGUUUACAAGUUUAACAGAUCUGCUGUCUGCCAAGCAGGUUAACUACGUAUGACUUCAAUUCUGAUUUCUUUUCAUUCAUAACUUUCAUAUCGCAUCCGCAUCUGAAACACCUAGAUGUAGCCUCGUGUUUAUUUAUUUAUCUUGUAGACUAAGCUACAUUCUUAACAACUGUAACUCUACUAUAGGUGCGAAGUACCCGCGAGCAGACACAUAUACGUACGCGCGCAGAAAGAAAACGACGUGAUACGCAAACGUUCUGGUUGCUACAGACGCGUAAUCUUGACAACCGCAAUGGAGGACGACAGUACAGGGACAACUUCUGACAGUAUUAUCGCCGAAUUUAACAGUUACGAGGACUUUUUAGACUCGCAGAUCACUGCUCUUGAUUUAUAUUAUUUGGAGGAUGAGGAGUUGGCUCGUCAGCUGGUGGAGCUGGGAUACAGGGGAAGUGGGGAAGUACUGAAAAGAGAAGAGUUUGAAGCUCGCAAGGCUGCAGCAGAGGCUUCUAGGCUGUCCAAAAGAAGUCACCAAAGGACACUUGCAAGUGCUGGAAAAGAGCUAACUGAUAAUUUUCUGCAAGCACUGGCACAAAGAGAGGAUGCCAACCGUAGUGGAAAAAUGACUUCGAUCAUUUUCAUACGAGACCACAACAGUCAUGGCCAGGAGAUUUCAGGGUAUAUUGACUAUGCCCAUAGGUUGAAAACUGAGGACUUCGAACCUUACUUCAGUGGAAAGAAGAAACUUCUUCCCCGGCUUACUGACCUUAGCUUUUAUAACUGGGAGACCCAUGUAUCCACUUCAAAUCACAGUACAAAUUUUCAAGUGAUUUCUGAAAACGCAAUGGGAUUACUUUUCAAAAAUAAGAGAGACCGGAAAAUAGUAAAUGUAGAUCCGAAGGCCUCCCCGGGGGAUAAUUCUACACGGAAUUUAAUCGCUACAGACCUAUAUGUGCAGGCAGUAAUUUAUGAUCAUAUUAUGAGGAGAAAGACUUAAAUAUGAUGUGAUCCAUUUUGAUUUUCCUUAGAAUUCUGUCAGAUAAAAUAAUCUCCUGUAGAAAAAUUAUGUCUGAUAUUCUCCAAAAUGAAUUACUUCAUACCAGUUUGAUAUGUCAUAAUCUCUGAAAGUCAACUUCAGAAGUCAAUAUAGCAGUAUAUGACAACACUUUUAAAGAUAUCUCAGAAAUAAUUUAGAUUAGAAGAAUUAAUAUGUACUCUGUAUAAUGUUAUCAAGAUAAUGCCACAGAGAUGUAUUCCAUUUAGGUAGCAACAGAGUUUGAAAUACGUUAGAUGCAGUGUCAUAAUUUGCUACAUAUGGUAACCAAAGUCAAUAAAUUUCUGUGCUUGAAAACUGCA